AUGUAUUCUUCAGAAGGCAGAGUUGGAGCAGGAUUAAUGGCAAAGGUUCAAGAUGAAGUGGUGCUAGAAGAUAAAAGAAGCUGGAACUGUGCAGAGCCUGUUAUUUAUCAAUGGGGUAAAUGGUAUCAAAGACAACUCUUGCAAAAACGUGCCGGACUUCUCUUAAACUUCCCACAGCUAACAGCUCAUAAUCAACCUUUGGACCAUGUUUGGGUACAAAUCCUUCCUCCUUUCCAUCUUGAACACAAUCAAAUAUCUUACACCCUCUUAAGUACAAUUGCCAAGGAAAAAAAACCUGUGGAUAUGAGAACAAUUAAUAAGGGAUCCAACCACUUUCCAGAAAACUGGAAGCAAAUGAUCAAAUUCAAGGAAUCAAGCACUGGCCUGCAAUAUCUACUUCUGGAGGAAAAUCAGCACUUGCACUUGGGACAAGCUUUUUCGCUUGUCAAGUUCAAUUUUUCGAUUCUUUUUAGUUGA